AGUGAGCUUGUGCGUUCCAUUGAGGUCAAAGCGUGGGCCGUUGUGGUGGGUUAAUAUUUACUGAGGUUUACUCAGCUGAUUGGAGAAAAAAGUCUAUAAAAUGUCAGACCACUGCCAAAGUAGUCUCUGGCACAGAAACCUAGUGGUCGUAACAUGAGAGGCAUUCUGCAUUGCUGUGUGACCGUCGCCUUGCUUUUGUCUGUGGCACAAGCUGCCCCGCACGAAGGCCACGACCAUGGCCCCCACCAGGCCGACCACCACCACCACCUCCACCACGGCAAGGACGAGGCGCACCCCCAGCACGAUGGUGGGGACGCACAGUGCCACAAGCUGAUGCCGCACAACGCCGACUUCGCCUUCGCCCUCUACAAGAAGCUUAAUGCCCUCCCCGACUCCAAGAAUGUCUUCUUCUCGCCCGUGGCCAUCUCCAUGGCCCUCUCCAUGCUGGCGCUGGGCGCCAAGGACGAGACCCUCACACAGCUCUACUCCACACUGAGCUACAGCAGCCUCACGCCAGCAGAGGUCAACGAGGGAUACGAACACAUGCUCCACAUGCUGGGCCACGGACAGGAACACAUGCAGCUGGAUACUGGUGCAGCACUAGCUAUCGGAGUAGGGUUCAAGGUUCUCGACAAGUUCCUGACGGACGCCAAACACUACUAUGAGAGUGAGGCCUUCUCCGUGGACUUCUCCAAGCCUGAUGUAGCUGUGCCGGAGAUCAACAAGUUCAUCGCCAAGAAGACCAACAAUAAGAUCACUGACAUGGUGACUUCUUUGGACCCAGACACCGUCAUGAUGUUAAUCAGCUAUAUCCACUUCAGAGGUAAAUGGGAGAAGCACUUUGAUGAGAAACUCACCCGCAAAGCAGACUUCCACGUGGAUGAGAAGACCAAGGUGACAGUGGACAUGAUGCAGAGGUCUGGCCGCUAUGACCUCUACGAGGACGAGGACAACUUUACCACUGUGCUCAUGCUGCCCUACAAGGGAAACGCCUCCAUGAUGAUCGUGCUGCCAGAUGAGGGGAAGAUGAAGGAGGUUGAGGCUUUGAUCUGCAAAGAUCACCUUAGACACUGGCACGAAAACCUCUUCAGAAGCUCUGUUGACAUCUUCCUGCCGAAAUUCUCCAUCUCCACUGACGUCCCCCUCAAAAACAUUUUGACAGAGAUGGGGAUGGUCAGUGCAUUCACGGACGCUGCAGACUUCCCUGGCAUUUCAGAGGAGACCAAGGUCAAAGUGUCAAAGGUGACUCACAAAGCAGUCUUGAGUGUUGAUGAGAAGGGCACUGAAGCCGCUGCGGUCACCACCAUCGAGAUCAUGCCCAUGUCCCUCCCCAAUGUCGUCAACCUCAACAGGCCUUUUCUGGUUUUGAUCCUGGAAGACAGCACCAAGAGCAUCCUCUUCAUGGGCAAGAUCACAAACCCAACAGUCUAAACUGAGCUGUGUCAAAAAAGAGGCCUGUAAGAAGACUUGUGUGUCUAUGUAAGCGUGCGCGCGUGUUUCUGUGUGUUUUUCUUAAACGUGGGAAUGUUACUAUUCAUAAAGUUACGGAUAUACAGUAUUUCUGUUCUUGGUGAUAAUGUCAUCUUGACCUAUGUCUUCAAAUAAAAAAACGUACAAUACAUGUUUACAAAA